AUGGCAAACGUUCUUGGAGGCGGGGAUGGCAUGAUGGGCGGCUUCCCACUAGAGCAGUGGUUCUACGAGAUGCCUGUGUGCACGAGAUGGUGGAUGACGGCAGCGCUGAGCGCGAGUGUGCUGGUCCAGUGCCGUAUCCUCUCGCCGUUCCAGCUCUUCUACAGCGUCCGCACUGUCUUCUUCAAAAGCCAGUGGCGACUGGUCACCACCUUCUUCUAUUUCGGACCGCUAAGUCUCGACCUGCUCUAUCACAUCUUCUUCCUCCAGCGCUACUCGCGCCUUCUCGAGGAGUCGUCCGGACGCUCGCCAGCCCACUUCUCGUGGCUGCUUACUUUCGCUUCCACGCUUCUCCUCUGCAUAGCGCCCAUGUUCUCCAUGGCCUUCCUCGGCUCGGCCCUCAGUAGCACUCUCAUAUACAUCUGGAGCAGGAAGAACCCAGACACGCUGCUCAGUUUCCUUGGGCUGCUGGUGUUCAAGGCUCCUUACCUACCGUGGGUGCUUCUGUGCUUCUCGCUCAUCAUGCACGGCACGGUGCCCAAGGACGAGAUGUGCGGCAUAGUAGUCGGCCACAUCUGGUACUACUUCAACGAUAUCUACCCCCCACUGCACGAGGGUCACAGCCCGCUUGACCCCCCGUCAUGGUGGAUUCGCUUGAUUGAAGGCCGCCCAGUGCCUGUUGAAGAGGUGACGGAAGAGACGGAAGCUACCGAGCAUGACAAUCUCGACGUGCCUGUAGACGUCGCGCCUGUACAAUGAAAAUAUAAGCGCACUUGCAUUUCUGGAGUUUGGCGAACACUCACGAUUUAGAGAUACCCGGUUGCACUGAUGGAUGUUCAUCAGUGAGACAUGAGCGAUUUAUAUAGACUUGGGAGUGGUCUGCUACAUUCAAGGAACAUAGUCGUCUUCC